AUGCAGAGGUUCUUGCAAUCCCUGAGUAAUUUUGCGUACCAGAGGAAUUACCAGAGCGACAUGGGCACAGUUGGAGAAGGCGGUUGGUGUGAAGGUCCAGACCAUGCCGCUCUGUACUCCCUUUAUCGCCCCUCACCACCAGAAGCAUUGAUAGCUCGAAUUGUGACCUACGUCGGAGACGGCGUGCGAGUCAAUGACGAGGUUGAGACGGUGGCACUGGAUGUUGGCUGUGGACCUGGCCAGAGUACUCUCCCAUUGGCAGACCACUUCGACCGGGUGAUUGGGAUCGACGUGAGCAAAUCACAAAUUGAAGCUGCGAACCGGAUAGCGUACAAACGCAGCAAUGUGUCAUUCAAACUCGUGGACGCAGGACAAUUUCCGGUGGAUGAUGAGUCGUGUGACUUGGUGCUUGCAGUGCAGGCUUGCCAUUGGUUCGACUUGAACGGCUUUUAUCGGGAAACCAAACGUGCGUUGAAGACAAACGGUACCGUUGCGAUUGCGGGAUACACAUUGCCAAAAAUUGAAUUUAUGGACCGGCCAGAGUUGUCUGAACUGCUAAUGGAACCGUAUCUCAAGGUUUACUCGGAAACGGCCAAUUCCUGGCGUCCCGAAAGAAAAUUGGUGGAUAAUGAGUACGCCGACUUCCAUUUCCCAUUUGCACAUUCUGUCUAUGUCAGAGGAGCAGAAGCCUUGAAAAAUUAUUCCUGCGAUACCGUGACAACUCUCGAUGGUGUUCGUGGAUACUUGAAAAGCUGGUCUGGCUUUCGAACGCAUUUUCGGGAGCGAGGAGGAAGCGCUGCGGGAGAAGCGAGACUGGAUCAGAUGGUGGAAGAGUACGAUUGGAUACGAUGCCCUAAGAUGGCUCGAAAUUGUGGCGCUACCCGCCAGGAGUUGGUGUCCGCGAGUUUGGUUCUUCGUGUGCCGUACUUUUUCCGGAUGGGGCGUAAACAGGAUCAGUUUUAAUUCCAAUAGAAAUGGAAAUUCUACUGGUAAAAUUUUUAUGCCUUUUUAGAAUUGCGGAUUGGAAACCAUCCAUCGAGUCUGAAGCUAUUUUCGGCCUUUUUGUGCAUAAUUUGAUGAACCAUUGUCAAGCUAUAAGCGUGAAUUGGAGGAGACCCUGUAUAUUAUAUGUGCGAAUUUUCCGUUAGAAAUGCAGAGGAUGACAAAUUUUUUCAUGGCUUAGGUCUUCAUGUAGAGUAUUACAUGUUAUGUCUUGAUGAUUGGUGGUCAUGGCAGUUUUUCUUCACCGCUCAUUUUUGGGCAUGGACUUUGUUUCUACCUUAUUUUUAUUUUUUUAAAUAGGUAAUCUUUCAAGGCGUUCUCU